AUGGCCGCGAAGGUUAUUGUUGUUGGCGCUGGCUUGUCCGGCUUGAGCGCUGCUCACACCAUCUAUCUGGCUGGCGGCAAUGUUGUUCUGCUCGACAAGAACAACUUCAUGGGAGGCAACUCCACCAAGGCCACAUCUGGUAUCAACGGUGCCCUCACAAGGACGCAAGUUGACCACCAGAUUGGCGACAGCGUCAAGCAGUUCUACGAUGACACAUUGAAAUCUGCGCGAGAUAAGGCGAGGCCGGACCUGAUCAAGGUUCUGACAUACAAGUCCGCCGCCGCCGUCGAGUGGCUGAUGGAUGUGUUCAACCUUGACUUGACUCUCGUUUCUCGUCUCGGUGGUCACUCAUUCCCCCGUACCCAUCGUGGUCACGAUGCCAAGUUCCCCGGUAUGGCCAUCACAUACGCUCUGAUGCAGCGAUUCGAGGAGUUGGCCGAGGCUGAGCCCGAGCGCGUCCAGCUUGUCAAGAAGGCUAAGGUCACCAAGGUUAACACCGAGGGCAACCGCGCCACUGGUGUUACCUACACAUUCGGCGGCGAGGAGACAACAAUCGAGGGCCCCGUCAUUCUCGCAACCGGUGGUUACGCUGCCGAUUUCACAGAGGACUCUCUGCUGAAGAAGUGGAGACCAGACACAUUCGACUUGUCAACCACCAACGGUGCUCACGCCACUGGUGACGGACACAAGAUGUUGAUGAAGAUCGGUGCCCAGGGUAUUGAUAUGGACAAGGUCCAGGUUCACCCCACAGGUCUUGUUGACCCCAAGGACCCUACUGCUAAGACCAAGUUCCUGGCUGCUGAGGCUCUCCGUGGCGAGGGUGGUAUCCUUAUCAACAACAAGGGCCAGCGUUUCUGCGAUGACCUUGGUCACCGUGACUACGUCUCCGGCAAGAUGUGGGAGGAGAAGGAGAAGGGCCAAUGGCCCAUCCGUCUCGUCCUCAACUCCAAGGCCUCCAACGUCCUCGACUUCCACACAAGGCAUUACUCCGGCCGUGGCCUGAUGAAGAAGAUCUCCGGUAAGGAGCUUGCUAAGGAGAUCGGCGUCAGCCCCGAGCAGCUUCAAGAGGAGUUCACAAGCUACAACGCCAUUGCCAAGGGCGAGAAGAAGGACACAUGGGGCAAGAAGUACUUCCACAACCUGCCCUUCGACAUCAACGACACAUUUCACGUCGCGUUGAUGGAGCCCGUUCUCCACUUCACCAUGGGUGGUAUCGAGAUCAACGACCAGGCACAGUGCUUGAACGACCAGGGCAAGCCAUUCGAUGGUCUGUUCGUCUGCGGUGAGCUGGCUGGUGGUGUCCACGGUGCCAACCGUCUCGGUGGUUCGUCGCUGCUUGGCUGUGUCGUUUACGGUCGUGUUGCUGGUGACUCGGCGUCGAAGUACCUCUUCCAGCAGGCACUCAACAACGCUGGCGGGUCAGCAGUUUCCCGUCUUGGCCAGAUCUCCCUUCACAUCGACCCCAGCACACCAGGAAAGAUCUCAGUGGAGUGGGGCAGCAGGGUCCAGGGCGGUGCUCAGGCACAGGUACCUGGCGGCGACAAGGUAGCACAGCAGUCACAGCAGUCAGCAGCACCUGUGUUGAAGAGUGAUGCCGACUCGCAGGACCCUGGCAAGGUCUCCAAGCCCAACCAGCCAGCCAAGUUCUCCAUCCCCGACAAGGAGUUCACCCUCGAGGAGAUUGCCAAGCACAACAAGAAGGACGACCUGUGGAUUGCAGUAAAGGGCAUCGUUAUGGACGUCACCAACUGGACAGAUGAGCACCCCGGCGGUCCUCAGGCGCUGUUCAGCCACAUGGGCAAGGACGCGUCGGAGGAGUUUGAGAUGCUCCACGACGACGAGGUCAUCCCCAAGUACGCACCCGAAAUUGUCAUUGGCAAGGUCAAGGGCCAGGAGGUGACACUCGAGUACUAG